CACAGCUAAUUAUCUCUCCGAAACGCUCGCUUCUGCAAAUUUUGUCUGUUUCCUUUACAGGCGUCGGGAACCUAAUUUUCCUGUCCGGCGUACUUUUCUGUUUUCCUUCGUUUACGCCGCCGGCGAGAAAUUUGAAAGAUGGAUACAACUUCAAAGGUCAAGAAAGGUGCAGGUGGAAGGAAGGGAGGUGGACCAAAGAAGAAGCCCGUCUCGCGUUCCGUUAAGGCUGGUCUUCAGUUUCCUGUUGGAAGGAUCGGUCGUUACUUGAAGAAAGGUCGCUACUCUCAGCGUGUUGGAACGGGUGCGCCAGUGUAUAUGGCUGCUGUGCUUGAAUAUCUCGCAGCUGAGGUUCUGGAGUUGGCCGGAAAUGCAGCCAGGGACAAUAAGAAGAACAGAAUCAUCCCAAGGCACGUUCUGUUGGCAGUGAGGAAUGAUGAGGAGCUCGGAAAACUCUUAGGGGGUGUAACAAUUGCCUAUGGAGGUGUUCUUCCCAACAUCAAUCCUGUUCUCUUACCCAAGAAAUCCGAGAAGGUUGCCACAGCCAAAGAGCCCAAGUCUCCCUCCAAGGCAACCAAGUCACCCAGGAAGGCUUAAUUUGCCUCAAAUGUUCUUUGUUGAUGUGUAGAUCUUCUUAACAAUUUGAAAAUUUGUACUAUUUGAAUCCCUGACAUUGUUGUUAGGCCCUUUCAUCAAUGAAUUAUGAUUUGUAGAUCUCUGGUAAA